AUGCUCAGAAUGUUUGGAACUGGUCUGAAGGUGUCAAGGAGCUUCUUGUACUCAUCGGUUUCCGAGCUCACAUAUCCUUCUGAAGAGUCCUUAGUCAAAGAAACUUAAAAGGAGUUAUACCAAAAGAGUGAAGACUGUCCAGACGGCUCUAUCGAGAAUCAGCGCCCAACCGCGCAGUCCGGCUGGCCGAGGAACGAAUGUUCCGCGCUCGGCCAAAGUAUCCGUCCGACUGAAGUCUCGGCCAAAGUCCAAACCACUCGGCCGAUCACACAGCACGACCCGGGAAACAUGCCCGCGGUCGGCCAAGCUUCAACGCCACGCCACACCGCGCACGACCAAAGCGCGCGAGCCGGGAAACAAGCCUCGCGGCCGCGCAACCCUUCCGCGUACCACGGCCGAUGCAUCCGUCCGAGCCGGGAAGAACGUCCCACGUCCGGCCGAGAAUUCAUCGGCCAAAUCUCAUCCGCUCGACCACGCCGGCCGACCCGAAUCCAUCCGACCCCGACCGUUCCGACUCGCCCACGACCCGACUGUCCGGCCGAUCGUCCCGCACGACCGUCCCAACGCCGCGGUCGACCCGAAGCCCUUUUUGAAGCCCAAACUUAUGUUUUCAAGCCCGGCUUAACCCUAAGCCGCCUCUAG